AAUUAUAUUGUUAUUUUGUUUACAGGUAUAAGGUACGUAACUUGGGAAUUGAGCGAUUGAUUUGAAAUAAGUCGAUCGCUCACAUAUUUAUAUAAAUUCAUUGGGUUAAGAGUCACAGUUUGUUUGAAAGAAAAAAAGAUGGCAGAGGAACAAAGGAUGCAAGAAGGAGUAGGGCAUAUGCUAUGUGCUAAUAAUUGUGGGUUCUUUGGUAGCACUACAACUUUGAACCUUUGUUCCAAAUGCUACAAGGAUCAUUGCAUGAAAGAACAACAAUCGCGAACCGCUCAACUUGCAAUGGAAAAGACUCGUCCCCAACAACAACAAUCUGAAUCAACGUCUAUGUACAUGCCAUGUACAAAGCCGUUACCAAUUCUUGAAGUCUCACAACCACAAGAGACCGAGAUUGCAACUAGGGCUCCUCAGGUGCAGUCAGAUACUGCGGCUGAGGUUCCUCAGGUGCAAUUGAAUACUGUAGCUGAUCAGACUCCUCAGGUGCAGUCGAAUCGUUGUGCCACGUGUCGGAAACGGAUCGGUUUAACGGGUUUCAAGUGUAGGUGUGGGGUCACAUUUUGUGGUUCACAUAGGUACCCUGAGCAUCAUGGUUGUACCUUUGACUAUAAGUCAAUGGGAAAGGUGGCAAUUGCCAUGGCUAAUCCAUUGGUUAAGGCUGAAAAGCUUCACAAAAUUUGACUUAUUAAUUAAUUAAGGAGAAUUAAUAUGAACCAUUUGAUCCAUAAACUGGUUGAUCAAACGGCCAAGAUUGUUGCUAAUUAAGCACAAGUUGGUGGAUGGACUUUGAUUAUAUAUAUUUUCUUUUGCACAUUCUGUGAAA